GCGUGCCCCAUCCCGUCCCAUCCCCGGCGCGCGAGCAGAGCCAGAGUCGCGCGCCCCGCUGCCUCCAGCCGAGGAGCCGCUUCUUCUGCAAAGGAUUACAACUCUCGCCGGAGGGGGACAAGGCUUCUUUCUCAUUCUUUCCCGCCCUGGGAGAGCUGAGGAAGAGGAGGACGAUGGCACCAAGAGCAGCAGCGCCUGGAGGGACCCUCGCCCGCCUUUUUUGCGUCACCUGGGGGCUUCUCUCCUGGGCUCCGCAGGCUGGUGGAGAGCAGAAUCAGGGAGCUGUUUUUCUACGUGAGUUUACAUUAAUUCGGAGAGAGAGCCUCAAUGAAGAUUUCCUUUCAGAUUUACUGAAUAACCACAAAAUUGAAGAUACGAGUUCUCGAACUGCUCGAUCAGAGGAAGAUCGUGAUACCCUCUGGGAUGCUUGGGGUUCGUGGAGUGAAUGUUCCCGUACAUGUGGAGGAGGUGCUUCUUACUCCCUGAGACGCUGCUUGAGCAGCAAGAGCUGUGAAGGACGAAAUAUUAGAUACAGAACAUGCAGCAAUGUGGAUUGCCCUCCAGAAGCAGGAGAUUUCCGUACGCAGCAGUGUUCAGCACACAAUGAUGUCAGGUACCAGGGACAAUUAUACGAAUGGCUCCCUGUCUCGAAUGAUCCUGACAACCCAUGUUCACUAAAGUGCCAAGCCAAAGGGACAAGUCUUAUUGUGGAGCUGGCACCUAAAGUCCUAGAUGGGACCCGAUGUUACACUGAGUCACUUGAUAUGUGCAUUAGUGGCUUAUGCCAGAUUGUUGGCUGUGAUCACCAGCUGGGAAGCACUGUGAAGGAAGACAACUGUGGGGUCUGCAGCGGAGAUGGUUCCACCUGCCGUCUUGUUCGAGGCCAAUAUAAAUCUCAGCUCUUGGCAAAUAAACUGGAUGACACUGUGGUUGCUAUUCCCUACGGAAGUCGGCAUGUACGCCUUGUGCUGAAAGGCCCUGAUCACUUAUCUUUAGAAACCAAGACUCUACAAGGCGUAAAAGGCGAAAACAGCCUCAGCUCCACAGGUUCCUUCCUUGUGGAUAACUCUAGUGUUGACUUCCAGAAGUUUCCAGACAAAGAAAUCUUGAGAAUGCCUGGCCCUCUUUCUGCAGAUUUUACUGUCAAGAUUCAUUACGUUGGUGCUGCUGACAGUUCAGUUCAGUUUAUUUUCUAUCAGCCAAUUAUUCACCGAUGGAGAGAAACUGAUUUCUUUCCAUGUUCUGCUUCUUGUGGUGGAGGUUAUCAGCUGACCUCUGCAGAAUGCUAUGAUCUGAGAAGCAACAGAGUGGUGGCCGAUCAGUAUUGCCACUACUAUCCUGAAAACAUCAAACCCAAGCCAAAACUUCAGGAAUGCAACUUGGAUCCCUGUCCUGCAAGUGAUGGAUACAAGCAGAUCAUGCCUUAUGACCUCUACCAUCCUCUUCCCCGGUGGGAAAGCACUCCGUGGACUGCCUGCUCUUCCUCUUGUGGGGGAGGCAUCCAGAGCCGCACAGUCUCUUGUGUGGAGGAAGAUAUCCAGGGGCUUAUCAGUUCUGUGGAAGAGUGGAAGUGCAUGUACACUCCCAAGAUGCCCAUUGUCCAGCCCUGCAACAUCUUUGAUUGUCCCAAGUGGUUGGCUCAGGAGUGGUCACCGUGCACAGUGACAUGUGGGCAAGGCUUGAGGUACCGAGUGGUUCUCUGCAUUGAUCACAGAGGGAUGCAUACAGGCGGCUGCAGCCCUAAAACAAAGCCUCACAUCAAAGAAGAGUGCAUCAUUCCUACACCAUGCUACAAGCCCAAAGAAAAACUUCCAGUUGAAGCAAAACUACCAUGGUACAAGCAAGCACAGGAAUUAGAAGAAGGAACCAUAGUAUCAGAAGAACCAACGUUUAUUCCUGAAUCUUGGUCUGCCUGCAGUGUGACCUGUGGUGUGGGUGUCCAAGUGCGUUUGGUGAAGUGCCAGGUGCUGCUGUCUUUCUCCCAAUCUGUGGCAGAUUUGCCCACUGAUGAAUGUGAAGGGCCUAAGCCAGCCUCUGAACGAGCAUGUUAUGGUGGGCCUUGCAAUGGAGAUACUGGUGAAUAUAGUCCAGAAGAAACAGAUCUGUUCUAUGGUGGUUCUCAAGAUUUCGACGAACUCUAUGACUGGGAGUACGAAGGCUUCACAGAGUGCUCUGAAUCUUGCGGCGGAGGUGUCCAAGAGGCAGUGGUGACUUGCCUGAAUAAACAGACCAGAGAGUUUGCAGAUGACAAUCUGUGUGUCAGCAGCCGGCGUCCCCCACAGUUGCUGAAAGCCUGUAACUUGGAGCCUUGUCCCCCAAGAUGGGAAGUGGGAAAGUGGAGCUCCUGCAGCCUCACUUGUGGUGUCGGACUACAGACCCGGGAUGUCUUCUGUUCUCAUCUCCUCUCAAGAGAAACAAAUGAAACAGUGAUUUUGGCAGACGAGUUGUGUCACAAACCCAAACCCAUCAUGUUACAAGCCUGCAAUCGUUUUGACUGUCCCCCAUCCUGGUACCUUUCAGAUUGGCAACAGUGUUCACAGACCUGCGGGGGUGGCACCGAAAAGCGGGAAGUACUCUGCAAGCAGCGCAUGGCUGAUGGAAGUUUCCUAGAGCUUCCAGAUACAUUCUGUUCCACUUUGAGGCCAGUCUCCCAGCAAGCCUGCCAAAAUGAAGACUGCCCUUCCGAAUGGCUUCUCUCAGACUGGACACAGUGUUCAGUGAGUUGUGGUGAGGGAACCCAGACACGAAAUGCUAUUUGCAGGAAGGUGCUAAGUACCGGACUUUCUGCCAUCAUCAACUCAUCGUUCUGCCCACCUUUGCUGUUCUCUUCUUUGGUCAGACCAUGUGUACUAGGGACCUGUACAAGACACCAGAGGCCUGCUCACAAGCAACCCCCUAUGAUAAUGGCUCAGAAGAAAGUUUUUAUCCAAACAAGGAAGCAGAAAAAGUUGCACUUUAUUGUUGGUGGGUAUGCCUACCUACUUCCCAAAACCUCUGUUGUUCUUCGGUGUCCUGUGAGAAGGUUCCGGAAACCAAUGAUCACUUGGGAGAAAGAUGGCAAACGACUCAUCAGCUCAGUUCAUGUUACAAUUGCUCCUUAUGGAUACAUGAAAAUUCACCGGUUGAAGCCUUCAGAUACAGGUACAUAUACUUGCACUGCAGGGCCAGCUCAGGAACAUUUUGUGAUUAAAUUAAUAGGAAGCCACAAUAAACGUGUUGCCGCCCUCUCUGCCGGGAUAAAGGAGGAAGAAGCCACAAGGAAGGCCAGUUUGAAUGAAGCUUUCAAUACCCAGGAAAAGCAUCAGAAUAGUAUUCUCUUCAAUGGAAGCAAAACUGAGAAACGAGGGCUCCUUACCGAUCCCAGCAACCGGUAUGAUGAUAUUGUCUCAAGACUUCUGGAGUACAGAGGCUGGUCCCGUGAUAACACAGAGCCAUGGGAAGUUCAGGACUCUACAGAGAGAAACAUCUCUUCAGAAGAAGACCAGGGCCAUGAGUACAACCUUCCUUUCACCAUGGUAGCCAGCCAGAAUCGUUUGGAUGACAUCCUAAGAAACCUGUCUCAGCAGCCUGAGGAAUUUAAGGACAUCUAUAGCAAGCAACUUGUUGCACAGUUGGCCCAUGAAAUUUUCAAGAGCCAUUUGGAACACCAAGAAUCACUUUUCAAAACUCAAGGGAGUAGGGUUAGUUCUGCCUCGGUGGAGUUCCCAUUUAGCAAGGAUUUUUCUGAGUUCAGUGCUUUGAGAACAUCUUCAGCAGAAGCACACAUGUCUCUGGAACUCACAAAUGGCUCCCGUGGGUCCCAUAGAAAACCUGCAAUUCUGAAGAAGAUAUCUGCAGCACAGCAGCUCUCAGCAUCUGAAGUUGUCACACAUUUAGGACAUACCGUAGUUUUGGCCAGUGGGACACUGAGUGUACUUCUUCACUGCGAAGCCGUUGGGAACCCAAAACCUGCCAUUACCUGGGCAAAGAAUGGAGAAGUAAUACAGUACAGUGAAAGGAUACUUCUUCAGACAGAUGACUCCUUGCAAAUCCUGGAACCAGUUGAAGCUGACGUAGGCUUCUAUACAUGCAAUGCAACAAAUGUUUUGGGAUCCGACUCUGUUUCCAUUGCCGUCACAUUAGCAGGGAAACCAUUGAUAAAGACGUCACGGACCACCUUAAUCAACAAAGACUUCCCUGCCAUCACAGUUGAUAUUGGAACUACAGUGAAAACAAUUCCAGGAACAAAUGUGACCAUUAUCUGUCAGGUUGCAGGUGUGCCUGAAGCAGAACUCACUUGGUUUAAGAAUAACACCAAGCUGGCCUCUGGCCGUCACCUGCAUGAUGGGUCACUGCAGAUUGCGAAUGUCUCCUUUUCUGAUCAGGGGUUGUACUCCUGCAGGGCAGCCAAUAUCCGUGGGGAGAUUACUGAAAGCACACAGUUGCUGAUUCUGGAUCCACCACAACUUCCUCCUCAAUUAGAAGACAUGGCAGCCACUUUGUCUAUCACCUGGCCAGGCAUUCCUUCUGUAAUAACAUCUCCUUCAGGGACCAGAAAAGUGUUUAGUCCUGGGAGUUCAGUGCUCAUUGGCUGCCCAGUCAACGGCCAUCCGACUCCUAACAUCACCUGGUUUUUUGCUGGUCAACCCAUCACUGCGCCUCAUCAUGUGUUGGCCUCUGGACAGAUACUUCAGAUACUGAACAUCAGCAGUGAUGAUCAAGGAGAAAUCAGUUGUAUGGCUCAAAAUGAGGCAGGAUUGUUUGUGCAAAAAACAUAUCUGGAGAUCCAAGAUUAUUGGUGGUCAGUCGAUAAGAUGUCACCUUGUUCAGCUUCCUGUGGUAACAAGGGACUACAGUAUCAUCAACUGAGAUGCUUACUAGGUGGAGAACCAGUCAACACAUCCCAUUGUGUAGGCAAGUCCAAGCCUGCUCUGCCACCAGUUGCUUGUAACAGAAGAGACUGCCCUUCAAGGUGGAUGGUAACAUCAUGGUCCCAUUGUACACAAAGUUGCGGCGGAGGCAUCCAGACCCGUCGAGUGACAUGUCAAAAACUGAUAGCUACAGGCAACUCUGUCCCCAUGUCUAGUGACAUAUGUGCUCACAUUGCCAAGCGCCCAGUGGAUACUCAGAGCUGUAACAGACAGUUGUGUGUGGAGUGGGCAACCUCCGCCUGGGGACAGUGUAAUGGACCGUGUAUUGGCUCUCGGUUGGCAGUACAGCACAGGCAGGUUUUCUGUCAAACCAGGGAUGGGAUAUCAGUACCUUCUGACCAGUGCGGUUCUCUUCCAAGGCCUUUAAGCACACAGAACUGCUGGACAGAUUCUUGUGGUGUACACUGGAGAGUCAGUUUAUGGACACUGUGUACUGCUACCUGCGGCAGCUACGGUUUCCAAUCGAGACGAGUGGAGUGCGUGCGCGUCCGCACCAACAAACCAGUACCAGAGCACCUCUGUGCCUGGAGAGCAAGGCCGGCUAACUGGCAGCGCUGCAACAUCACCCCAUGUGAAAACAAUGAGUGCAGAGACACCACCAGGUACUGUGAGAAGGUAAAGCAGCUAAAGCUCUGCCAACUCUCACAGUUCAAAUCACGCUGCUGUGGGACGUGUGGAAAAGCAUGAAGGUGGCAGCAAAAGAAAAAGAUGGAUUUGGCACCCCACCAGCCUUGCUCUGCUUUUGUUAUUGAGAAGGGCUUCUUGAGAAAAGGAAAAUUGGAAUAGAAUUGCCUUGUUUUAUUUAUUUAUUUUUCCCUUUCUCUUUUUUCUUUUUCCUUUUAAGAAAUCCCUUUUAAUGGAGUCAAUUUUUUUAAAGAAAGACCUUGACAAGGUUUCCCUUCCAAUGAGGUUGGGAGACAGAAAUGCGGCGAGUCACAGUUUGUUCUCAGGCUGGAGACCAAAAGAGAGAAAUGGAGAGAGAGGAAGCAAUGAGAUUCCCUGGAAGACUUCACAGUUAGCCUUGACGGAUGGAACAAACAUGCAGGAGCACAAGGACUCCAAGUGUUUAUCUAGAUAGUCAGUAUUUGAAUCAGGAUAGGACUUUACAAAUCACUUUCACAAUUAUUAAAAUGAGGAAAGGGAGUUGUCUGGUUGAAAAAUGUGGUAACCUUGCAAAUAUCACAAGAAGGCUUGCCAGCAUGAUAUAAAUACAAAUUUUGUAUAUUGAUAACACGACUUGGGUAGUUGGCUGCGAUAUCCUCCUUUUGGGUGAACAGGAUUUUGUCAUACAACUUUCUCCAUUUGGAAAUAUUGGGAAACGAGAAAGGCAAUAAAACUGUUAAUGUUGGAUAGGCUGCUACACCUAAUGAGGGGACAGGCUUGUAAAUGUUUUUAUGUAUUCAUCCAUGAUUAGUUCUGUAUGAAGUAUGGGAAAGCUAUACAGAUAUACCUCAAUUAAGAAAGUUGAUGUAUUUCUGGCCAUUAUUUCUUUAAGAGACAUUUUAGUGCAAGAGAGAGAAAUAACAUGGAAAAAAUAGGGAACUCUAUUUCAUUUCAUGUUGUAGUUUUGAAUCAAUCAGGUCAAGUAAGUCUUGAAAAGAUAAAGGUGGAGUAUCUCUUAUGCAAAAUUCUUCAAACCAGAAAUAUUGUGUGUGUGUGUAUUUGUGUAUGCACACACACACAUAAACACAAACAUACAGUAUACACACAUACAUAUGCAUUUGGAUUGUGGAAUACCUCUAUUUCCAUAUACAUGCAUAAUAGGACAGGACCCAAAUCUAAACAUGAAAUUAAUUUGUUUCAUAUUCCCCUAUAUACACAUUAUCUGAAGGUAGUUUUAUAC